CCCCUGACCUCAGGUGAUCCACCUGCCUUGGCCUCCCAAAGUGCUGGGAUUACAGGCGUGAGACACCACGCCCGGCCUUAGUACCUGUUUUUAUGUUGCUGUAAACAUCAAGGGCCAGUAUGUGUAAAUGCAGAGGACAAUAGUAUCCCUGCUCAGUAAACAUCAGUUACUGUCACAGCGUGAAGUGAUCAGUAAUUUUUCUGGAUAGGAGUCUGAUUCCUGGGCUCAGUGAGGCAGUGUGAAGAGCACCCACCCGGGUCCUAGACAGGUGGCAUCACAUAUAUACUCACUGUCAGGCUAUGAUUAAAAAGAAAAAGGAGCUUUCUUUGUGGGGAUAAAAACAACUUGCAAAGAAAGCCAAUUGCCGAUGCUGAAAGUGUGGAGCGGCCUCAAGGCUCUGUGUGUUUCCCGGGGAAAACAGUGGCAUUUGGGUUCUCUGCGCCUCUGGGUCAGAUCUUUGACAAGGUCAAGGGUCUGUUGAGUCAGCUGGGCACACAGCCCAGGGCACACACAUCCAGACCGUGAUUAGCGCAAGUUUGCCAACAGAGACUUCAAGGAGGAGAUUGCCAGAGAAGUGCAAUUAAGAGCACCUACUGAGUACAUAUAUACACACUGGCAUAUAGUAGCCCAAGCAGAUAGAAGGUGUAUUGGGGGAAAAAGUUAUGGGAGCAAAGCAGGAGGAGGGCCAGGCCUGGUUGCAUAGGCUGGGGCUGUGGUUGGGGGUGAUAGGAGGACUCAGGAAGUGGUGCUGGGGAGAUCCGUGGUGGAGGAUGUGGCCUUGGUGUAUAAGCUAAUAGCCAGCAGGAGCACCAUGGCAAUUGCUAGCCCCUGUGGUGCCAAUUAGAAAAAGAUGUCUCCUCUGAGGACACCAGUGAGAAAAAGUCACCCUUUUUGGUGGGAGGACAGCGUCAGGCACAGCCUUGUACAAGGACACAUAGCUGGGCAGCAGAACUUGGGCUGGAUUUCAGCCCUCACUGGUGCCCUUUGGCCAUUGAACAACCUGUGCACCUGUACAUGGUGGCCCUGGAAGCCACUGUGCUCUUAUCAUGACAAGUCCAAGAAGAGAGCAGAAUCGGCAGUGUUCAAGAAGUGUCUGAACCGGGCACAAUGGCACAUGCCCAUAGUCGUAGCUACUCAGGAGGCUGUGGCGCGAGGAUCAUUUGAGACCAGCCCGGGCAACAUAAACCCUGUCUCAAAAAGAAAACAGUUCCCCCCACUUACAUGUAGUCCCCUAGACAUGAGGGGCUGGGAUGUCCCUUGCCCACGGCCACCCCACGGCUGUUCCUCCUCACUGUCUGUGUUUUCCUCUCUGGCGGGGCGCGGGGCGGCCCCUAGGUGUCCAGCCACAUACAGGUUCUAGCUCGGAAGAAGGUGCGGGAGUACCAGGUUGGCAUCAAGGCCAUGAACCUGGACCAGGUCUCCAAGGACAAAGCCCUUCAGAGCAUGGCAUCCAUGUCCUCUGCCCAGAUCGUCUCUGCCAGUGUCCUGCAAAACAAGUUCAGCCCACCCUCCCCUCUGCCCCAGGCCGUCUUCUCCACUUCCUCUCGGUUCUGGAGCAGCCCCCCUCUCCUGGGACAGCAGCCUGGACCUUCUCAGGACAUCAAGCCAUUUGCACAGCCAGCCUACCCCAUCCAGCCGCCCCUGCCGCCAACGCUCAGCAGUUAUGAGCCCCUGGCCCCGCUGCCCCCAGCUGCUGCCUCUGUGCCCGUGUGGCAGGACCGCACCAUUGCCUCCUCCCGGCUGCGGCUCCUCGAGUACUCAGCCUUCAUGGAGGUGCAGCGAGACCCUGACACGUACAGCAAACACCUGUUUGUGCACAUCGGCCAGACAAACCCCGCCUUCUCAGACCCACCCCUGGAGGCAGUAGAUGUGCGCCAGAUCUAUGACAAGUUCCCCGAGAAAAAGGGGGGACUGAAGGAGCUCUAUGAGAAAGGGCCCCCUAAUGCCUUCUUCCUCGUCAAGUUCUGGGCUGACCUCAACAGCACCAUCCAGGAGGGCCCAGGAGCCUUCUAUGGGGUCAGCUCUCAGUACAGCUCUGCUGAUAGCAUGACCAUCAGCGUCUCCACCAAGGUGUGCUCCUUUGGCAAACAGGUGGUAGAGAAGGUGGAGACUGAGUACGCUAGGCUGGAGAACGGGCGCUUUGUGUACCGUAUCCACCGCUCGCCCAUGUGCGAGUAUAUGAUCAACUUCAUCCACAAGCUGAAGCACCUGCCCGAGAAGUACAUGAUGAACAGCGUGCUGGAGAACUUCACCAUCCUGCAGGUGGUCACGAGCCGGGACUCCCAGGAGACCCUGCUUGUCAUUGCUUUUGUCUUCGAAGUCUCCACCAGCGAGCACGGGGCCCAGCACCAUGUCUACAAGCUCGUCAAAGACUAGGGUGCCCUCUGCGCCUCCGUAAGGAUGCAGGGUGAGCAUCUCCUCUCCACACCUGCCUGGCACCCCUGGGGGGGUCCAGGAUUGAGGACUCAUCUACCUGCCAGGCCUCAGGCCCAGGACCCAGGAGGCCUCCCCACCUACCCCAGCACACACUCCCUGCCACUGUUCUGCGCUUUAAUUGAGGAGAGGAGGGCUCAGCAGUGGGGCAGCCUGCCCGCAGCGCUGAUCCACCAUCACUCCGCUCUGCCCAGCCUUGUGUGACCUCAGAGAGGUGGAGAGGGGGAACACCUUCAGCCUCUGGCACGUGUGGCCACUGCUCCACCGUGGGGGAGUGUCAUGGGCAGGUGAGGGCAGGAUGGAGACCGAGGGAGUCAGCAAGCGGAGGCCCUGGAAAAGGAGAGUGUCAGGUCGGGGUUGGGCUCUGAGGGCAGAGGGGCCCACACUUCUUUGCCCCUUCCGUGUGCCAGGCUUGGUGCCCAGACUCCUUGCCUGGCUUGUGCGGUGCUAGACUCUGCACAGCAAGUGUGGGUCUCCAGGUUUCAGAUGAAGUGCCGAGGCUCCAGGAAGUUGAGUGACCCACAGGAGAGGUGGGCAGAGCUGGAGUUCUCAUCCAGGGCUGCCUGUCCCCAGAGCCCAGGUUUACACUACCUCCCUGGGGCAAGGGCUGGCCACAGGGUUGGGGAGAGGCUCUGCAGUGUGAAGAGUGGAGCCUCCUCAAACUCCUCGAAGACAGCUGGGUUAGGGGAGCACCUGUUUCUACAGCAGUAGACCCUUAUUAGGCACCCCAUCAGCCCACAAGCCAACCAGCGGGGCUCCAGGAAGAUGGGGCAACCCCCAGCACCCUCCAGAUUGAGGGCAAGGUAGAGGAAGGAGUCCCAGCCUCUGGGCAGACCAGAAGCCUGGAGGGAAAGCUAGCAGAAGGCUUUUGGUUUUUCUCUUGCCCAAGGCUGGGAUCUGACAAACCCUUGAUGGGCACUGCUCCCUUAGGUUCUUCUCCACCUCAGUCUACCUGCCCGGAGCAGCAGCUCCCAGACCCAGUGCUGGGACUGAAGGUUAACCCUUCCCCUGCUGCCCCUUCUCAACACCCAGGCCCCCAGAGCCAGCCGGGCCUGACCAGCAGCCACCUGUGGGUAUUUAUGAGUUUCAUAUGAAGUACUGUGCCCCUUCCCUUCCUCAUCCUGACCCUGCCCGAGCUUCCUGAAGGUCCUCACCGUUUGCAUAUUGCUCAGGCCACCUCCAAACCCCACCUAGGUUUUAUAAUGUAUAUUAUAUAUAUUUUUGUGUAUUUUUAAAAUCCAGCUGUGAUGGGUUGUAUCAUAAAUGCGGCUUGGGGUUGGGGCAGGGACCAUCAAGGCCCAGCUCCUGCUCAAAGAAAAAAAAAAAAAAAUUAAAGUUAUAUGUUUGUGGGUCAGUCAUACAA